CAGGUUUCUACAGCAGCAACAUGGUAGAUUUAAUUCUGUGUGUUUUGUUGUUUGUACCAUCUGACACAGUAAUUCUGUGAGGUUUCUAGCAGAUCACUGAGAGAUCAGAGGAUGACGGCUCAAGUGUACUGCUUGCUGACUGCUGUUUUGUGUCUGUCUGUGUACUUGAGCACAACAGAUGCUGCUCAAAGUCAAACAGUAAAACCAGGAGCGUGUCCACCUGAGAAUCUUGUAGGAGGGUUAUGUACCAAUACCUGUUCUGAUGAUGCCAAGUGUCCGGGCACUGAUAAGUGCUGCAGCAAUAGAUGUGGACGUCACUGUAUGCCUCUCUAUAUAGUGAAGCCAGGUCGGUGUCCCAAACCAGGGAAGGUUUCACAGAGUGUCCAAGGCUGUACUUAUGAUGGUCAGUGUGCUUCCACACUGAAGUGUUGCCCAGCCAGCAGUGCCCAAGCUUGUGCCGAACCGCAUGAACAAGUGAGAGGGAUAAGACCAUACUGACUGAACUGUAACAAAGGCCUGAUGGUUUCUGUGGUGACCAAAUAAAUUUGUUCUGUAAAUCUCUCA